CGAGGUUUGUAAUUAAAACCAGUAGUAUACAUUUUUAUAGUGCUUCACAGUGGUUAACUAUCACAUUUCUAAGGCUGCUGAAAUGACGGUGCAAUGAGCGACAGGGCUGUAGACAACUUAUAUACAGGAACCUUCGAAGUAGAAGAAAUCUACGAAGACGACGAUCCCAAACUUCGCGUCUGCAAAAAACUAAAAUCCCACUCCAAGUUUAUCCCCGUGACCAAGUUUAUCAAAAAACAUCUGCCCAUCAGAUAUCGAAACUACGACGUGCUCAACUUAAUCAAAUCCCAAGCGGAGCUGACGGUCUUUUUACGGAUUACCAAAGUCAGCGAGGAUCGUCCGGAGUUAUACCCCGGUACAUGCUACAACUACCCCUCCCACGAACACAAGGGGAAAAACAAACUCAGAAACGGAAGUGGAGUCGUGUGUAAAGUGGUGAGGUACGCUGAAAAAGAUAACAAAACUUGCCCGUGCGAGAAGUGUAAGACCUCGUCCACGCCUCGUAAAGAGUGGGGCGAGAUUAACGUUUUCACCGCCACGCAUGUUGUGUACGACGAAACGGAAAGAAAACACACGCAGGUUUAUUUCUUCCGGGACAGCAAGGAGGUGGAUAGUACGCAAGGAGUCAGUAUCUGCGCGGAGCAACUUGUGAGAUUAAACGUUGAAAAAGAUUGGUGUCGUAUCAACUGCUACACACACAACGACAAGCUUUUACACAGGUUAGAUAAAGCUUUAAGGAGUUUUGAACGCUACUGUCAAAUUGUGGAGGACAGGUAUAAACAAACGCCUGGGUUACAUAAGUUGACGGUAGUUGUCUCCCAUCCGCACGGAGACUACAAAAAGGUGUCGAUUGGCCAGUGGAGAGAUAAGACCAGGAAAAGUCGGUUCGGGGAUCACAGGUACACGUACGACACGGUCACCUGCCCGGGGAGUAGUGGGGCGUAUGUGUACAUCCUGGGGGUGGCAAGCAGUCGUAUGACUACCUGCAUAAGGGGUGUAAUGAGCUGGGGUUGAAUUUUAGUACUGAUGGCUGGGAGUCUUUGUAAAGAUGUAAUGAGUAUGGGUUGAAUUUUAGUACUGAUGGCUGGGAGUCUUUGUAAAGAUGUAAUGACCAUGGGUUGAAUUUUAGUACUGAUGGCUGGGAGUCUUUGUAAAGAUGUA